AUGACGGCAAAUCAAAAGGCAUAUUUGGCCGAGAGGAAAAGAAAAAACCGGUCCAAAAGACAUGCAGACAAACGGAAGAGCGAGUUAUCUUUAACGGUCGAUGAUACAGAACGGAGUGACAAACCAAACAUAGUCCCUAAAUCCUCACCUCAAACGCAUCACAGUACAACGCCUCACAGUACGGCCACCGCAUUAAACGAUUGUGAGAAUGGAUGCCAAAAUCAAUCGAUCGACAAAAUCAUUUGGUCUUCAAAACGUUUCAUUCCCCUGGAGCUAUAUCCACACAUGUUGGGUGAUAACCCUGGCCGACCCCCAACACCCGACGAAAUUGAAUAUGCUAAAAAAGCAGCCGAAAGAUUCAAGUAUUUCAGCCAUGGAAAGGUCGUGAUCCACGACAAGGAUGACGAUUCAAAAGUUAUAGCUCUAAUCGAGUUUACUCGCUGGGAUCAACUAACUGGAGCGGGACUCGAGGAUUUACGUCAAGUCACACGAUUCCUCCAUGCAGCAAAGCAGUUUGUCAAUGCCGUUGACUCUGAAACACGUUCAUGGGGAGGGAAGAUGUUCGCCAUUGGAUGGCGGAAGGCAAUGGUUGCCUUUCAAUUGUUGGGACUUUAUCGAAACAAAGAAGCUAUCGCCAAAUCGCCAAGCACCUACGAUGCGCUCAUGCGCAAUUCGAGCAAAAUAUCUAAUAUUCUAGGUCGCCUCUUCAGACGUCUUGCAAAUGUGGCAUUCGCAAACAACCAAGAACUGAUGAACGACUAUUCAGUUCCAUCGAUAGGCCAUCUUGCCUUCAAUAUGCCUAUUAAAGAUGAUGACUGUGCACCAAACCUAACGUUCACAACUGAUCGAUUCUUUAAUGCACCUCAUCGGGACGAAGAAGAUCUAUCCGAAUUUGCAUUUGGCUUAUUUGUUCCUGUUAACAAAAACGAUUGGUCACCUUCCAAUUCAAAUGGUCCUUCGGAAUUAGAAGGCGCCCAAGAACAGCUUGGAAUGUCGCUUCAGAUCAACAAAAAAAUUGCAACGGCUUCGCGGGAUACUCAAAGUGGCACUAUAUUCGAAAGGAAAGCGUUCAAGGAUAAGCCACGGGAUGCAUGUUACAUUGGCGAUCAUCAAACUUAUGUAGAUGGCAAACACUAG